CCCUCCUAAAUCCCUCCUCACCGUCCUCCUCGCUUCCAAUGCCCCAUUUCCCUCAUCUCUACCCCGGCCCCCCCCACCACCACCACCACCACCACCACCUCUCUCCUGCUCCCUCCUCCCACAUCAGAGCGGCUACGUAAUGUGCCUCCCUACGCAUGCAAAUGGGGAUGCUACAAAUGGUGGCUGGGACUGAUGCCGAUGAAAGGGUGAUGCCUCGCGCAAUCACCUGCACCGCCACCGCCACCACCACCACCACCACCACCUCCUCCUCCUCCUCCUCCACCACCUCCUCCGCCGCCGCUGCUGCCGUCGCUCCGGAUCAGCCUGGGAGAGCCCAGCAGCCCGCCUCAGCCGCCCACAGUGCGCACACAGCCGCCCGUCGCCUGCCCGUGGAUGUAAAUGAGACGCGCGUAUGUGUGUAGAAGGCGCACACUGGCUCCUGCCAUGUCUGGUGUGUGAUCGCUCUAGCGGGACGUUCCUACUGAUGCGGGGGAGGCACUGAGCCUGAGGUUGGUCGACCUCCCCCUGCACCCCCCCCCUCCCCUCCCCUCCCCUCCCCCUUCCCUCCCCCCCUUUCCCCUUUACCCAUCUCCCUUCCUCCUCAUUCCACCGGCCAACCCCCUGCCCCCCCCCCCCCCCACCCCCCUCCCUCCCUCCCUUCCUAUCCCAGCCCCGCGGGGGGUGAAGGCCACCUGGCAACGGGGUCACGAUGAAGAAGAACCGCAGCAGCAAUCUGCGGCGGGCCUGGCCCAGCUCGGAGCACCCGGAGCGCCCGGCGGAGCACAAUCCCUCCCGUGGUGAGAAAGACAUCCGUUUGCAGAAGCAGCACCUCCCCCCCCCUCCCGCUCCUCAUUUCUCUCCGUCCCCACCAGGUUAUCGUGCGCCAGGUGACGUGUCUCCGAUCAGCAUGUCACCUAUCAGCCAGUCACAGUUCAUCCCGCUGGGGGAGAUCUUGUGCCUGGCCAUCUCCGCUAUGAACUCGGCCCACAAGCCCGUCAACCAGGAGGCUCUGGUGGAGCACCUCACUGCCACCUUCCCAGGCGUGCCUACACCCAGCUCAGAGGUCCUGCGACAUACCCUGAACAUGCUGGUGCGAGAGAGGAAGAUCUACCCAACUCCAGAGGGCUACUUCAUUGUCACCCCACAGACCUACUUUAUCACUCCUUCCCUCAUCAGAACCAACAACAAGUGGUAUCACCUGGAUGAUCGGCUGCAGGAGCGCCAGACGCCACAGUCGCAGCAGCAGCAGCCGCCGCCGCCGCCAUCUCAGCAAUGCACUUCGCCUCAGUCUGGCAACGUAACACCAUCCGCACCCGGCUGCCUGAGGGAGAGGCCUCCUCGCAAGAACCACAGCGACUCAUACAACUCCUACCGCGACGACUUGUCCAGACUUCACAGCAGCAAGUCCCCGAAGGAGCACAGGGGAGAUUCUUACCAAAGUAAGCCCCCCAAGGAUCACAAUGGCGGGGAGCCUCCGCCAAGCACGUCAGCCAAGGAGCACCGGGGAGAACCUCCGUCAUACCCGUAUUCCCCUCUCCCCACUUCCCCUCCUGCCCAGCAACCGCCGCCUCAAGAGCCCGCGGAGAAGAGCAAAAGCAUCACUUCUUUCCCUUAUAAAAGUGACACUCUGACCAAAAAGAAAGAAGGAGGUGGCGGCGGCGGCGGAAGCGGCGAGAAGCAAUCCAAAAGGUUUGGCCUCCGGCUAUUCCGGCUGAGUUUCAAGAAGGACAAAAUGAGACAGCUGGCCACCUUCUCAGCGCAGUUCCCCCCCGAGGAGUGGCCUCUGCGCGACGAGGAAGUGCCGACCACACCCAUUCCCCGCGAGGUGGAGAUGGAGAUAAUCCGCCGAAUCAACCCCGACCUAUCAGUGGAGAACGUGGCGAGGCACACGGCGGUGAUGAAGAGGCUGGAGGAGGAGCGCGCGCAAAAGAACAAGGCCGGGUCCUCGGCCCAGCACAGUGCACGGAGCAGGAGGGCGAGGGGCCACAGGAGGGCCCUGCACGGGAAGUCCCGCUCACACAGCAAGCCCCGGACCUCCAGGGGAGACCCCUCUGAGGGUUCGAACUGGGACCUUCUGUUCAUGGAACGGGAUUACCGCUUCUUCAGCCACUCGUUGGUUCGCUCGCCUCGGGAGGCCAUGUACACCCUUGAGCGCAGACGGAGCGGCGGGGCAACGUACCUGGUCCACAGCAACCCCAACAUCACAGAAUCGAACUGCCCGGUCGCCCCCGAGUGGGACGUGUCGGGGGAGCUGGCCAAGAGACGGACCGAGAUGCCCUUCCCGGAGCCGUCGCGCGGGACCUGCCAGUCCAGAGUGCAGAGGAGCCACAGUCACAAUCAGGACAGGAAGUCGCGUCACGACAGGUCAGAUCAAGCCAAGGAGCGCUCCCGGUCCAUGGACAACUCGCUCAAGGGCCCUUCGCUGGGGGCGCCGGAAGACUUUGAACCCACUCUGGAGGAGCGCAGUCAUUACUACACCGAUGACGGCACCCUGCGCGCCAAGCAGAAGUCCUCCCACUACUCAAGGAUCAUGUUCUCUGCUGCUAAGUUCCACUCUGAUUUUAAUGUGCCUGAUUUGGGGAAAGGGAGUUUGGACGAGUCGAGGAUCCGGAGUACGAUGGAGAGGAACAAAAGCAGAGACAGCUUGCCAUCGUACAAUGAGCUAAUGGGACUUUCUCCUAAGCCCUCAGCAGAUGAGUACUUCCAGUGCAAUACGUCAAAUGAAACAAUCCUAACUGCCCCUUCGCCUCAGGCAAAAUCAGAAUAUGACACAUUAACCUCAUCAGGGGGACUCCGAAAGGGCUCUCCGGCUGACCGCCAAACGCCUCACCUCACGUCUCCUCACACGAUGGAGUACAAAGAGGACUUGUCGGCAGCAAAGGGACAGAGCGGCUCGGCGCGACUGACGCCGAGCCAGACGCCGGAGCCGCUGCAAAAUGCCCGUUUGACGCCGCACCAACACAACGUGGACCCGGGAGGGGGCGGAGGCAGCAUGGUGAUCAAGAGGAAAGAGAUCUUCAGCAAGGACACUUUGUUCAAACCUCCACACAAUGCCUUGUCCACGGGCUACGUGGACAGCAGCUACACCAAGUCCGGCACAUUGCGGAAAGCCUCACAUGCCAAAUCAACAGAGGCCCUAGACAAUCCUGAGCCCCAGCAGCCUUCCAAUUCAGUCACUUCCUCAGCAUCACCGGCAGUUUUACAGGUCUGCUUAGAGCCAACAGUCCCCUCCGCCUCCUUUGACUAUUAUAAUGUAUCAGAUGAUGAGGAAGAGGAAGAGGCGGAGGAGGACUCGCACAAAGAGUUGGCGACGGCAGAGGACAGCAAGGAGCACGGGGAAGUGGGUGGUAACGGUGGAGGCGGUGGCGGCGGCGGUGGUGGUGGGGGUGGUGGUGGCGGUGGCGGUGGUGGCGGUGGUGGCGGCGGCGGCGGUGGUGGGGAGGGAACCAUGCAGUGGUUACUGGAGCGGGAGAAGGAGCAUGAUCUGCAGCGGAAACUGGAGACCAACCUGACCUUGCUCAGCCCCAAGGAGACGGAGAACAGCAGCAGCCAGAAGUCGGCCCACUCGGCCCGUUUGGACAGCAUGGACAGCAGCAGUGUGACGGUGGACAGCGGAUUCAACUCCCCCAGAACGCGUGAAAGCCUUGCGUCCAACACAUCCAGCAUAGUGGAAAGCAAUAGACGGCAGAAUCCGGCGCUGAGCCCCGGCCACAUCGGCACGAGUAGUAUCGGACUGCCGUUCAGCUUUCGCGCCAUCCCAGAACCCGCCACCACACAGCCUGAGAAACUCCAGAAGUCAUCGAACUGCCUGGCCUCCAUCACCAGCGUCUGACAGGCAGCGCAGACUGAGACUGAGACCGGGGAGGGUGGUGGAGGAGAAGGAAGUGAGGGGUUUCACCAUUUUGACCCUCACAGACACACACACACACACACAUAUAUUCAGACUCCUGAGAAUCCAUUUACUGGGACUGUUACAUAAACAGGCAUGGCUUCAAGAGACUGUUCCCACAGCUUCAAGAACUUUACUGCAAAAAAAAGAGAAGAAGAACUACAGAAUAUCAAGACCAACGUAGGCAAAGAACCCUACCUGAAGUACUCUGAUUUUUGGUGACAUGGACUCUAGUUUGGCUUAUAUCAAGAUUAUUGACUAUUGGUAUUGGAAAGUAGUAGACUAUAGGAUUCAAGUUACAUUUGGAAAUAUCAAAAAAAACUUUUUAUAUUACUUAACAAUACAUGUCCAAUUAAAUGUUCUCCUUCCUGAAAUAGCGUCAAGUUCUUCAGGACAAUUCAAUGUCAGCACAAUGUCGUGAGAUCAACCAAGUUGAUCGUGAGAACAACGAAUGAAAUAUAUAAAAACAUAAAUCAGCUAAAGAUUUGUGUACCGCAAUGCAAAUGAUGUAUGUAUACUCGAUACUUUUGAUAUCCUAAUUAUUAUAAUGGUGGUAUUAAAGAUGCUAUGUGACCAAAAGUGAUGUCUGGACAAAAUGAGCUGCACGCCGACACUCACGUGUACGUCCCAGACGUCUCACAAAACAACCCCGCCCCCCGCCUCAUUCAGUUCUGUUAAAUUGUCAGAAGAAUAUUAACAUUACGAUUCACUGAGCACUUUAAGAACGUAUUUAGUCCUAUUUUAGGUACAAUAGUUGAGAUAUGCAUUAAAGAAAGCACAAAAAAACA